AUGUGUGCCAAGGACAUGGCAGACAGGAGUCACUACGGCUGCGAACGUCAGAGACAGAGGUGCAACCCGCAGAAUCACUGUGUUGUGAUUCUACCUCACGACUUAUGUGGGGACCUGCUCGUUGAGAUUUGUCGUAUUCUUCCACAGUACACACUGUUGGGUUCACCCACUACCAGCGUUGACUGUCAUCCCGAUUUAUGCGUCCGGUCUGACUCACGAGGUGUACGCCGUGUGUUGGUAGAAGUAGAGGGACGCAUUUGCCACUUUCCACCAAUGUAG